UCACCAAGGCUGCCUCCCGCAAGCGUCAGGGCAGUCUGUUGCAGCCGGUAAGACCUGAGUGUGGAUGUGCACUUGAGAUCUGAAGUCCCCGUCGGUGAAGGUUCCUUGUGUUCUGCUCUUGGGAACUAGUAUGAGUAAUGAGAUUUAGGACAGGUUCUGGAGGACUUGAGAAUUUCUCAACCAGUACUUUUUUGGGCAGGUGGUAUGGUGAUAAGGUUAUGGAAGAUUACCAGCUGUCCCAGAGAAGCAGAUUCCACCGUGUGGUUUAAAUCAGGAAUGAGAUCUUCGGAGAGCUCAGAGCCCACUACGUUUUGGUUAACAUGGAAGACAAAAGACGCCGAGCCCGAGUCCAGGGAGCCUGGGCUGCUCCUUCAAGAAGCCAUGGUGUUGCCCAGCCAGCUACCACUCCCACAAGCCAUCUCCGCCAAACACCUGCUCAGACCUGGAGGAGCAAGGAGCAUCAUCUCUCUGGCUCUCUAAGAGAGUUUGUGUUCGAAGAACCCCAGCUGGUGGCACGACGCGCUCCGGAGCCGCGAGUGAUUGACAGGGAGGGUGUUUAUGAGAUCAGCCUGUCACCCACUGGAGUAUCUACGGUGCGUUUGUAUCCUGGCUUUGUUGACUGGAAAGAAGCUGACUGCAUGCUGGAACAGCUCUGUCGAGAUGUGCCCUGGAAGCAGAGGACUGGCUUCAGAGAUAAUAUAACUUAUCCACAACCAAGACUUACAGCAUGGUACGGAGAACUUCCUUACACUUAUUCAAGAAUCACUAUGGAACCAAACCCUCACUGGCAUCCCGUGCUGAGCACCCUGAAGAAGCGCAUCGAAGUGAACACGGGGUACACCUUUAACUCGCUGCUCUGCAAUCUGUACCGGAAUGAGAAGGACAGCGUGGACUGGCACAGCGAUGAUGAGCCCUCGCUGGGACGGUGCCCUGUCAUCGCCUCCCUCAGCUUUGGUGCCACACGUACUUUUGAGAUGAGGAAGAAGCCCUCCCCAGAAGAGAAUGGAGACUACACCUAUGUGGAGAGAGUGAAGAUACCUCUGGACCACGGAACCUUGUUAAUCAUGGAGGGAGCUACCCAAGCUGACUGGCAGCAUCGAGUGCCCAAGGAGUACCACUCGAGGGAGCCGAGAGUGAACCUGACCUUUCGGACAGUUUAUCCGGAUCCAAGAGGGGCCACCCGCUGAUGGGACAUCUGUCACAGCGACGCCACAAGGAACCAGCGCCCACCUGCUUCGACAGGAAGUGUCCUGAGGCAGUGGGGGCUCAGUUCAGGGACGGUCAUGUGGCCCGUGUUGCGAGGCUUGCUCUCAGCUCCGAGCCAGCAGCUCUGGGCGGCCAUGUGUGUGCCAUGGAAAUGUCUUCUCCUCACUCUGUCUCAGAAUCGCAUGUUAUCUUUAGGCAAAUUAAAACUGGCUGUGUGGCUGCUUUUCUGCUUAAGCAGUUUUUCUCCCACCCUCCCUGCUGUCAUUUGGGGAAAUAUGAAUGGACUUGGGCCUCCACAGAAAGUCUGCACGUGUGGCUUCCGCGUGACGCCAGCGAGAUAGAGGCAUAAAUAUGUGUCAGUGACUGUAGCCUUCUGUAAGGUAGAUGGCUUCUGCUGACACCCAAACAGAGGUGGCCUUGCAGGCUUGGCUCAAGUCUGCCCUGAUUCUUCCGUGUCUUGCCCUGUGUGUCAACGCAGUGGCGAUGGAGACACUCUGCUGAAAUGCGUCUCCUCACCAU